GACGUGGAAAACAUGGACGAAAGGAGUAUGUAGAGUAAACUUAAUAUUCUCAAAUUACCCUCAGUUUCAAGGGUUUGCGUUUAGGAAAUUACACUUAAGAAAUAAUAUUAGGAUAAACAUAUUAUUUAGUGUAGAAACCAGUCGCGUUUUAACGGUCCUGGAAAUCGAGAGACACAGAAACUGCGAGAAGCAUUCAUGACAGGAUUUGGCAUAUGCCUGGUGAAAAAGCAGUGAAGAGUGGUGAGUCUGGCUGAGUGGAGCCAGUAGAGAGAGAGAGAGAGAGAGAGAGAGAGAGAGAGAGAGAGAGAUGGGAGCGAACACCAGCCAUAUCAGUGACCUGUCCGAUAAUACCAGCCUCAACGCCCUGGUGGGCACAGAAUCCAUAUCGGAGAACGAUCCUUUUUGGAACCAGCUCAUCUCCUUCACCUUCAUUAGUCCCACCAGCAGCGGAGACUCCAAGUUACUGGAAGAGGCUGUCAUCCCCCUCGCCAAGAUCUUCAUUGAAAACAAUCCCAGGUCGGGGAACUUUGGUGCUCUGGUUCGAAUUUUCCUCGGAAGAACCAAAGAGCUGAAAAUCUCCACAGAAUGCCAAGAUCAGCUGUUUAUCUGGCAGGCCCACAAUGCACUGUUCAUGAUCCGCUGCCUGCUCAAGGUGUUCAUCAGGGAGAUGAGUGAGGAGGAGCUGCGCCUACAGUUCUCCUACCAGGAGAGGGCGCCGGGCUCCUGUGGAGGAACCGGCAGCGAGGACCUCCUGGAGGAGCUGUUGUCCAACCUCAUCCACCUGAUCGUAGAAGUGCCCCUGCUUGAUAUCACCUAUAGCAUCCUCUUUGAAGCCGUGACCACGCUGCUGGUGUUCUUCUCCUACCAACUCUUCCACAAAGACAUCCUCCGGGAUGGAUUAAUCUACCAGCACAUCAUGAAGGGACGAUGUUUGUCUUUGACCAGUCGUCUGGUGAAGACCCUGCUCUAUAACUUCAUCAGGCAGGAGAAAUGUCCGCCUCCAGCGACCCACAUCUUUGAGCCGAAGGCUGAAGGAGGCCUGCUUUACGGCCUGGCGUCGGGGGUGGCAAGUGGGCUGUGGAGUGUCUUCACAUUAGGUGGAGCUGGCAGCAAAGUGGGGAUAGACCAGGAGCACAACCCCUUACCUUUGUCCAAUCAGAGCCUCCUGUUACUGCUGGUCCUAGCCAAUCUGACAGACGGGCCUGACUGGCCCAACCCCUACCGCCAGGCUAUCACUUGUUUCAGAAACACACAAGACACGUCGUCAUUGUCCGCGGAGCAACCUCACACUUUCCAGAUCAAUUUCAACAGUCUGUACACGGCGCUGUGUGAGCAGCAGCGCUCCGACCAGGCCACGCUUCUGCUGUACACCCUCCUUCACCAGAACGCCAACAUGAGGACGUACAUGCUCUCCAGAACCGACAUGGACAAUCUGGUGUUACCCAUCCUCGAGAUCCUUUACCACGUGGAGGACAGAAAUUCUCAUCACGUCUACAUGGCCCUCAUUAUCCUUCUCAUCCUCACAGAGGACGAUGCCUUCAACCGCUCCGUCCAUGAGGUGGUAUUGAAGAACGUCUCAUGGUACUCGGAGAGAACAUUGACAGAGAUCUCGCUCGGCAGUCUGCUCAUCCUGGUGGUCAUCCGCACCAUCCAGUUCAACAUGACCCGGACACGGGAUAAGUACCUCCACACCAACUGUCUUGCUGCACUUGCUAACAUGUCGGCCCAGUUUCGUUGUCUCCACCAGUACGCUGCCCAGCGCAUCAUCAGUUUGUUUGCUUUGCUUUCCAAAAAACACAACAAGGUUUUGGAGCAGGCAACACAGUCUCUGAGAGGCCGACAGGGAGACAACACAGCCUUACCCGACUAUGCCCAGGACCUGAAUGUGAUCGAGGAGGUGAUCCGCAUGAUGCUGGAAAUCAUCAACUCUUGCUUGUGCAGCUCCCUACACCACAACCCGAACCUGGUGUACGCGCUGCUCUACAAGAGGGAGCUCUUUGAGCAGUUCAGGACGCACCCGUCCUUCCAGGACAUCAUGCAGAACCUGGACACGGUGAUCGGCUUCUUCAGUCAGCGUCUGGAGCAGGCUGGAAGUGACCUGUCAGUCGAGAGGGUUCAGGAAGUCAUCAUGAAAGGAGCCCAGGCCCUGCCCACAGACAGACUGAGGGUCACCGGUCGUUGACCUUUUAACAUGGAGCUGCUUAACACAUCACAAGACAGGAGCAGACCUAGGAUAGAAGGUAAGAGGUGAUUUUUUUUAAUGUCUUUUUUAUAUGUUUGUUUAUAAUGUCGCUCUGUUGGUCAGCCUGUCCACCACUUUGAUCAACUAUUGGACAAAUUUACAUUAAAUUGUGUGCUGACAUCCGUGUCUCCCAGAGGAGGAAUCCUACAGACUUUGGUGACCCGCUGACUUUACAUAUCGCACCACCAGCAGGUCUUUCACUUGUGAAAAUCAACACCUUCUUGAUGGAUUGUUGGCACAACCUUUUUCUGUACAGACAUUCAUGGCUCCAAGAGGAUGUACUCUAAUGCUUUUGGUGAGCCCCUGUCACUUCCUUUGGCACAAUCAUUAAGUUGUGGUUUUGAGUGAUAUAUCCCAAACACUUUUAUAUUGAUUAUGCAUGUGUCCAUUAGGAUGAUCUUUAAUAACGUUGGUGAUACUCUUUCAUAUAGCGCUAACAUUAAAACUUUAUUUGUCAAAUAUCUGCCAAACUAUUGACUUUCCCAUCAGCCCCAGUUUUCCUUUUUUGUCUAGUGCAUGUGGAAAUUUUUGGGAAAAGGUUCAUCCUCUGGGGAAUAUGAAUGUGCUCAUUCCAUCUCAUGGCGAUCUACCAAGUGUGUUGAUGUUUUUUAGAAGAAGAUAUUUGGGCAUGAUGGUGAAGCCAGGGGAAUAAGAGGUCACCAAAAACAUCCAGACCACAUAUAAGAUAUACUUCAACAUUAGGUUUGAGAUAUCUUGCUCCAUCCAUUUAGCCCCAGCACUCUUAUAUAUGUAGACCAAUUACACGCCUGCAGAUCUUCAAAAUUAUUUCACACUAAUGGCCUAUAAAGAGAACUGGGUCACCGAGGCCUCUGGCUCCUUUGAUACAAUGUCACAAAUUGAAUCCCUGAACAAAACCCAUAUUAAAGGAGAGUGAAUGUAAAAUGACCUGUUCUUUACAGCAUUCUCCACUGGGUGAAGCUUUUAUCAAACAGCAGCUUACGAACAUGAAUCCCAUUUUGAAAAGAUGUUUUCAUGAAACUCUUUCAAUGAGAGAAAACUUUGCAAACAAAGCAAGAGAUCACUGACUUCUUUGGGAUCAAAAGAACUGAGAUUACCUUUGAUCCCAAUGAAGUUGGUGAUCAAAGUUCAGUGGUUAUACAUAACCAGCCUAUUAUACAAGUUCUGUCCUAUGUGUCCACAUUGAUAACCCUGUAAACUUGGAAUAUUCAUGUUGAAUCAGGUAAUCAGUGUAAUCACGAAUGGAGUAAUUGUUACUUACCGGAGUGCUGAGGUUAGGUGACAAAUAAUUCAACGUAGACUUUUUGUUUCAAAUGGAGCACAAACAGCAGUCUCCUGGGUGCAGGACCGGUUUUUGUUUGACCCUCUGUCCUGCCCUGUGUGGGGGCUUUGUGGUCUUUAUUCUUCCUGGUUCAAGAUUACAUAGAUUCUAAAAACAUCUAAAAAUUCAUUUUUCGCAGAUAUAGCUAAGAACGCUGUAUGAGAACAGCCUGUUGUAUUACCUGUUUUGUAUUUUCUGUACUCUUUAAUGUUGCUUGUGCUUGUGGAGUCAAAGUAUAUAUCUAUCUAUCCGGGUAAAGAAAUGUUCUUGCAGGGGGGGGGAGACAUUGGUCUGUAAGGAUAGCAGCAAAGGGCCUGAAUCCUCUGAUAUACUGUAUCUAAGGUUGGUAUAUUCACUUCAAUGCACUUUAUAAUUGCUAGUGAUGGCUUUCUACAUAUUAAUUUUUUAAAGUACGUAAAUGUAUGAUCAGGUUAUGUGGGGUGUAAAAAAAACAUUGAUUCAUCAUAAUGCAUCAGUCUGAGUUUGAUCCAUUUGAAAAGUUUGGAUCGAUAAAAAGCGAUUAAUAUUGUGUUACGGUGUUUCUUUUUAUUGAUUGACUGCUGUCUGCAGUCUGUGAUGUGUUUCUGGUUCAGUUUCCAUCUUUCACCUCACAGAACUACAAACGGAGCUGCUGUUGCUUGAUGUUUUGAACUGGAAGGUUUAUUAAUAAAUGUGUUAAUUUGCAUUCAACAUUUUGCUUAGAGUAGUUUUUUGGUUAUGCUUUGCUAUUUGGAUAAGUUAAUCCUACAAGUAACGGACAUUAGCCUUUAACACAUAUUUAAAACUUUCCUUUCUGGAAAGCAGUAACAUCUUAUAUGUGCAGUAUAUGUCCUUCAGCUUAUAAAUAUGUUUUAUUUUCCUCCAGUUUUUAUACUGUACAUAUGAUUUGCAUACUACAUUUUACUGCUGUUUUGUUUAAAAGCUAAAACAACUAGCUGGAAAUUAAUCGGCAACUAUUUUCAUGAUUGAUUUAUUGCUAAAGUAAUUUUUCAACAUAACAUUCCUGAUUUCCGACAUCUCAGUUGUGAGUAUUUUCUCUUGCAUCUGCCAAAAAUAAUUUGAUGACAUGCCCUCAGGCUGUUGGAGAUUGCACAGGGCGUUUUGAAACUAUUUUCUGACAUUUAAUAGACCAAACGAUUAAUCGAUGAUAAUCUUUUGCCCUACAUGCUUUCCUUUGAAUGCCCUCGCCUGCUGUUCAGAUAAUGUCUGUGAUUUGAACCUAGAGUAUCUAUCUUUUGCUGCACCCUCAGGUGCAACAUCAUUGACCAAUAUGUUCUUGAGCUUUUCUGUUCACGUCGUAAUGUUUCACUUUGUGGUUGUUGUUUUUUUGGUUCGACAGCAUGUUUGAGGACAGGACAUCACCUUUCCCUCUCUCUGUCAUUAUGGUGGAACCACAGCUGGAGUCAUUAAUAGAUUAUUUUCAGCACAAUAUAUUUAGAACAGAAGCACAUCCAGAUUGUUAUCAUGUGUUUAAUUAUGCAGUGACAUCCACCAAUGUAUGCGUUCGGACAUGAUAUCAGAAAAAAUUAAUUCUCCGCUAUCUUUUUAAUUAAACUUGCUUUUUUUAUUGUUAUCGAAGCAACGAAGAGCUCCAUGUGUGCCAUCUUCAGCCUAUUCUGAUCACUGUGGUUCAGUCAGAGUAAGCCUCUUUAAUUGCAUAUGCAUGACCCCUUGUCUGGAGGCAGUCACUGUAUCAAUAAAUUAUAGUAAAGGCCAAGACUGCUAUCUAGAAUAUGAAUCGUCAUUCUGCCGCUAUAAGGCUGUUUUUCCACUUUGCACGGCCUCUUGUGAAUCAGCUCUGUGGGCUUCAUGGUAGAAUAUAGUUGAGGCAAUUACAUAUAUCAUGCUGGAAUUCAAAAUGUUAAAAUUCAUAGAAAAUGAAUUAUCUCACAAACCUUGUGUUAUUAUUAAUUGGGAAAAAGUCCCAGUAACACAUCGUGUAAUAUUUAAGUAAUUUUAUACUGAGAUAACAAUGUAUACUAAUGCAGUUUUGUAAAUAUUCUGGAAAAAUAAAUUGAGAAACAAUUUAUGGACAAAACAACCAGACAAGAAUGCCCUUUUUAAUACAUAAUCCAGCAAAUUUAAUGUCUGUCAAGUCAAGGAACUUCAUCACAUUGAGGCAAAA